AUGGAUCCAAUACGACUUUCAAUUUUCUCAAAUCGAUUCAUGUCCAUUGCUGAGCAAAUGGGAAGGGUACUGCAGCGAACAGCUAUUUCCACAAAUAUCAAGGAACGUCUUGACUUCUCUUGUGCUUUAUUUGAUCCGAAGGGAGGAUUAAUAGCGAAUGCACCUCACAUUCCUGUACAUUUGGGCGGAAUGCAGUACGCCGUACGGUAUCAAAUUGAUCAUCUUGGGUUGGAUGGAAUUCAUAAAGGCGAUGUCAUCCUAUCAAAUCACCCGAGAGCCGGCGGAAGCCAUCUACCAGAUCUUACCAUAAUCACACCGGUGUUUUUCGAGAACAUAGCUGAACCAGUAUUCUUUCUGGCAAACCGAGGUCAUCACGCAGAUAUAGGUGGUAUUGUUCCGGGCAGUAUGCCACCAAAUGCUACUUCUUUAGAACAGGAAGGAGCAACCUUUAUAUCGUUCAAAAUUGUCGAUAGAGGAGUUUUUCGUGAAGAUACUUUGAUAGACAAAUUGAACAAGCCGGCAAGUAUACCUGGUUGUUCUGGUACUCGUAAUCUCGCCGACAACAUCGCCGAUUUGAAAGCACAAAUUGCUGCCAAUAAUAAGGGAAUUUCAUUAGUAUGCGAUCUCAUAAGUGAGUAUGGUCUCGAUGUCGUACAAGCCUAUAUGCUGCAUAUUCAAUCCACUGCAGAAGAAAGUGUGAGAGAAAUGCUCAAAGAAGUGGGUAAAAAAGUACUUGAAAGAACUGGCAACUCAAGUCUGCAGGCCUCUGAUUCAAUGGAUGACGGAACCGUGAUCCAACUAAGAAUCACGAUUGAUGUAGAGAAGGGCGAAGCAUUGUUUGACUUUGCUGGCACUGGGAUGGAAGUGUUUUCUUCGUGCAAUUGCCCAAAAGCUGUCACAAUGUCGGCAAUUAUUUAUUGCUUGAGAUGUCUGGUAGCAAAGGAUAUUCCACUGAACAGCGGCUGUCUCAACCCUAUAACUGCAAGUUUUCGGCAAAUAAAAUAUAUUUCCAGUGAAUAUAUUAUGGAAUUAUCCAGAAAGAUGACCAAUAUUUGUUUCCUUAAAUAUUUCUUGUCGAUUACGCAAGAAAUGAGGAUGAGUCCAAGUGUUGGGAUGUUGAGAUAA